AUUGUAUAAGCUUUAUCUAAAUUGACUAUAUAUUUGGAAAAAUGAGUAAACCUAAGUCCGGUGAAGAAUGGGAAUCGAUAGCGCGUUCGAUAGAGGACGAUAAGCAGGAUGAAAUCGACACAUUAGAAGAUUUGGAAGAAAAAAUGCGUAACACCCCCAGAGGAAUGUUUGUUAGUGGCUGGGACGAUCCUGAUGAUCUGAUAGAAGAGGACAAGGAUCCGAAAGCAUCUCUUGAACGGCUAGCAUUAUGGGCGGCAGGUUCAGACAAGUUGGAAAUAUUAGAAGAGGUCCUUUGUAAAAAACCGUCAGUAGUUUCAUCUGUCGACGAUGAUGGUUACACUCCACUGCAUAAAGCAUGCUACAAUAACAAUCGGGUCAUGGCCGAAUUGCUUUUGAAGUACGGUUCCGACCCGAAUGCUCGCACUGAACUCGGCUGGACACCGUUACAUUCAGCGUGCAAAUGGAACAAUGCUGAAUGUGUCGCAUUGUUACUACAGCAUGGAGCUGAUAUCAAUGCUACCUCAGAAGGAGACCAAACACCACUACACAUCGCGGCCACAGUUUCGAACAGCAGAAGUACGCUGAUGACACUCUUGAUGGAUGAUAGAAUAAAACCAGAUUUUCUAAACAACUCAGGAGAAACGGCUGCUGAUAUCGCAAAACGAAGUGGCCUUUCUUUUCCACUGUUUAAAAUGGGACAAUCAGCAUUGAGAGUGGAAACUGGAAUACUAGAUUAGGGUUAGAAUAAAUGAAGAUAGAAUUAAUAAAAGGGCGAA